UAAUACAAAUUUAAAUGCCAAAAGGAUGACGCAUACGCAGUAGUGAUCAAAAACAGUACUGACAACUUCAGUUGCGCAGGCGUCCUAAAAUUCACACAGGGGUUGUAGCUCACCCUCGUAUUUAUUAAAUUAUUGAUUCGCUGUUACUAAUGUCGCGCUUCUGAAAAAUAAUACCGGACUUUGGUUAGCCGACUGAACCAGACCCAGUAGCUCGUAACUCGAAGUUAUAGGUCUGUUCGCGUUUAAUAACGCGACUACGUGGCCAAGUGCACCUGAUGAAUCAUCCGCGACCUCAAUUAUUCGCAAAUACUGAACGAGUACUUGAAAGAAAGUAUUGAGUUACGUGGCUUAACUGGCAAUGGACGGGGACAAAUGCAAUAAGAAUACUGAUAAGACUAAGUUACAAAACGUAAGAAGGAGACUAUUUACCGAUACUGAUGAUAAUCAAGAAAAUAAUGAAGAAGAAAAGACUACUCAAGGGAAUGAUGAUAACUUGGCUAAUAGAUUAAUUGAGGAAACGCGUUUUGAAGCUAAAGAACGAUGGAAUUUCGAUUUCGAAAAAGAUGAACCGUUAAACGGUCAAUGGGAAUGGGUAAAAAUAGACGAAGAAUUUUCAGAUCGGAGUCCACCGGCGUUAGGAAAUUCCCACAGCAACACCAGAGAUAAUUUACAACAAGAAAAAAUAGAUAACAAUAAUCAUUAACUUACAAACA